GUGAUCCAGCAACAAUCUCUUCCACCCCUAUCCUCCACACCAUUAACUGAUCCUACUCCACCACUACCUCCACUUCCUACUCCUAUGCAAUCCCCCUACACAGACCUCUCAGCCCCUCAAUAAACGUACCACCCUUCACUGCUCCUCCUGCUCGCCCUCUCUGCUCUUGUGCUCUGCUAGUCCCUCGGUGCACUGUCGCUUAUUGUGAGGCUUUCUAGAACCCACAGAGACAUGUCCUUCACAGGCCGGCCGCCUUUCACUGUGUUUUACACCUGGGCGGCCCUGCUGACGGUCCUCCAGGUGCACUUGUGGGAAGACCAGCGCCCCGCCCAUUCCCCAGCCCCGGCCCCGCCCUCUACUCCCCCCUGCAAAACGUGUUUUCGUCGAUUGUUGCGCAGACCACUAAUCUGGCGAGACAAGGCACUCCUGGAUCACCUAAGGGGUCGUCUGGAGACUUGCUCACCAACCCUUUCCCCCUGGUCAGCUCUCUCCCCCGAACACCCACCCUGGGCCGGCGUGGUCUCCUACAACACCACCGAGACGUUCCUGCGCAGUGUGUUUGCCAGUAAGCGUGACGGGGUGUUCGUGGAGGUGGGGGCGCAAGACGGCCUGUGGCUGAGUAACACAUGGUGGCUGGAGGCGGUGAUGGGCUGGCGUGGCUUGCUUAUCGAGGCUGACCCGCACAACUACAUGAAACUUAGGACUGCACCCAGAGCCGCCACCACCUUCCAGGGCUGCGUCACUCCCUCGCUCCUCACCACGCAGGAAGUACUGGUGCGGAGGAACAACACGGGGACAACAGACCAGGAUGUUAUGAGGCACCAGGAAGGACACACUAAACUCCAGAAAUACGCCACAGAAUCGGACCACUACGCUGGCCACACCUUCACCGCCACCUGCUACCCGCUCAUUUCCCUCCUCCUCGCUGCAAAACUCAGGAAGAUUGACUUGCUGACCUUUGACGUGGCGGGAGGAGGAUUCGAAAUGAUGCAAGAGUUCCUGGAAAGCAACAAAAGACUCGGGAACAUAUUCGAAGUCAAGGCAAUGCUGUACCAGGACAACGAGCUGCCGCAGUUCUUCACCAUGGACAGCAUCAAGGAGCAGCUCCAGGACUUUGGCUACGGUCUACUUAAGGUCACCAUGGACCACUACUUCGUGUACUCUGGCUUGAACAUUAAGGUGGUGGACGCCUGAAGGAUGGGCGCGU